GAUUAAUUCAGAAAGGAAUCAGAUUCCUUAGAGCAUGAGGAUGAGGGUGAUAGCUUAGUCAAAAAGCCACCUAUCAAUGUUCCUCCAAACAAAGGAAACUCUUCAUACAAACCUGUUCAAUGCAACAUUUUUAAACCUCGUUCAAUUUUACCAAAUAUCUCAAAUUUCUCAUUUUCUUUUUGAUGGAAAACACAACACUUAAAGCAGAAAACAUAAAGCCUAUUAUCCUCAAAGCCGGUGUUCCUUUAGCUGUCUCUUUGGCUGGUUUGAUCUAUGCAUGGAUCAUAACAAAGAAAAGAUUAUCAAAAGUUUCUUCCUUUUCUGAAAAUAACUCAUAUACCCUUGAAAAUGAAAUCAGUUCUCAUGAUGAUGAUGAUAAUUUUUCUUCUAUAGAAGAUGAAGAUGAAGAUGAAGAAGAAGAAAAUGAUAGUUCUAUAGAUAGUAAUGAUCUUUCUAGUAGCUUGGUGGUUCAUGAAAACCAUUCAUGUUUGGAACAAGAGAUUACUUGCUUAAGAAGCAAGAUUGAAGGUAUGAAGAUAAGAGAAUUGGCUUUAACUUUUCAGUUUGAAAAAUAUUGUGAAAUGAAAGAGAAAGAAUUUAUGCUUAAGGAAAUCAAACACAUGUUGUCAAUGGAGACCUCUCGCGUCGAGUUCUUCGAUAGAGAGAUUUCGUUUAUAGAGACCGAAACUAUUAAAUUGGAGGAUUUUGUUGUCCAAUGCCUUAAGAUUGUUGAAAAGGUUGAAUAUUGGAAAUCAGAGAAUAGGGUGCUUCAUAAGAAGGUUGAGAAGCUACUUGAGAAAUCGAAGGCGCAAUCGGUUUUGAUAAAGGAGCAAACAUUGAUGAUCAAAGAGGGAGAAGAAGAAAUCAUGAGAAACUAUGAUGAAUUGAAUAAAAGGGCUAGUGUGAUUGAUAAGUUAGAAGAUGAAAUUAGAGAAAUGAAAAUGGUUUUGGAUAAAUUGCUAGAAGAGAAGAGUGAAGCUUUGAAGAAGCUUGAAAUGUUAGAAGGUAAAGAAGAGUUACAUAAAAAGCCAUUGAAAUAUUAUUUGCAAGUUGAAUCAAGAGAUAUUAUGAAGGAAGAUUACAACAAGAUUCUUAAUGAGUUAGAACAUGUUAAGAAGGAACAUGAAAUUGAGGUUGAAGAAUUGAUUUACUUGAGGAACAUUAAUGUUAGUUUAAGGAAAGAGUUAAUGAAACAUGAAUUGCAUUGUUCUUUUCUGGAUCAUCAUCAUCAAAGUGUGUCAUGCAUUGGUUCUAGUUCUAGUUCCCAUGGUGAUCCUUCUUGUUCUAAAAAGGGAAAGUUGAUUAAGAGGUUGAAAAAAUGGGUGGAUGGUAGUGAAAAGGUUAAAGUGAAAGCAGGAGGUAAAAGCAGUAAUUCUGCUCCUUCUACUCCAAGGUUUUUCUCUAGUGCUUGAGUGAAAAUAGAUAUAAUCUAUUUCUUGGCAAAAAAGUCAUAACAUGUUAAUUAGAAUAAGUCAUUGUCUUCAUGUAGUUAUUAAUGAUACUUAAUGUAAUAAAUAAAUGAGACUUUGAUGUUGAUAA